AUGCUACGGCAACUUGUCGAUGCUGUACACGAAAUUGGUCUAUUCCAACAGGGUAUCGCUAUGCCGGAUGCCCAGUCUUGGAUGUACCAGCAUGAUUUCAGUUCACCAAGAGAUAAUUCGCAGACUCUUUACACACGGUGGACGUCCUAUAUUACCACUGAAUCGAUGAGACUGUCGCUGUAUACACUAGUAUUCCUGGACUCACACACAUUUUCGCCUUGCAAUUCACGGCCUUUGAUGUCACCGAUGGAACUUGGCUGGGAACUUCCCUUCCCUAUUGAUAUGUGGGAAGCCAAGAACUCUCAAAUAUGGCUUCUGAGGUUUAAUGAGAAUUUUGGACUUUCGACCUUUUCAAUUGCCAACAGUUUGUUACACGGGCCACGCGGUUUAGGUACGGCCUCUCUGACAAUUGCUACUCAGCAACUCAUGACCGAAACGCCGGACUCUGAACUUUUAGCAGCGCUAGAAGCAUCCCCCUUUGCCGCAUUUUGUGUCCUGACGAACAUAGGUGCUCUUGUGCGCGACUUUACGCGGUGUUACUAUCAAAUGCCGCCCAGUCCAUCCGAUCCAAAUCCGUUUCACAUAUUGACUCAGGCUCAGAAUAAACAAGUGCACACAGCAAUAGAAGCAAUCGCGAAGAUUGUCAAGAAGCAGGCUUAUACCGGUGAUAGCCCUCAGUUUCUCUUAUGGAGAACGAACGAGCUCUUUGUUUCUUCUCUCAAAAUCAGUUUAUGUCGCCCCGAUCAGCUCUUGAUAGCGGGCAUUGUGGAUAACAGCUUGAUAGCUGGGAUGGCUGCUUCCACUCACCUGACUCAAGGGAACCUUGUCGCGAUCCGGCGAUCAGCGCCACUUGUUCCUUACCAUGUCGGUGGCGAUGAGGGCAUUGUGGCUCUUCUGAAUGAUUUAUCUAACGCACUGUCCAGUAUCUCCGGGCAGGAGCAGGAUAAAGCGGUCCGCGAAGCACCUUGGGUCACCGUCGCUAGUUAUGGUGUUUUAUUAUGUAUCUGGGGAGCGCUCAAACGCGCAAGCGCCGAUAUCCGCCACCACUUGAACACAUUCAACGAACUCCCAAGAACCUCGGAAUCCUGCAUGUUGAUCUUCAACACACUCAUGGAGUCCGCUCUUCAAAAUUACUCCACAGAGAAUGACCUGCUGAUUCGAGACCCUCGUUUGUGGGCCAUGGACCGAGAGGCUUUCGUUAGUUUGCUCGAUGAAGGGGAGCCACUAUUUGUCAAUUUAAUCAAGGCCUUCUGUCAGAGAAGAUCCUUAUGGGGGAUUGGACCUUCCAUGCUGGCCGUAUUGAGUGAAAUCCCGGGAACUGGGGCUGAGUGA